GUCACACACCUUUUCACUGACUUCCUUUUGACUCCGGGAGGGUGAGCGAGACAGAAGAAGAAGAAGAAGAAGAAGAAGAAAGGAGAGCAGCCAAACAAGAGGAACAAUAGAGAAGCUAAAAGCAUGUGCUGUACGGGAAAGUGUGCCCGCCUGGUGGGCCUGAUCCUGCUGCCUUCAGCCUUCAUCUGCAUGAUCUCCAACCUGCUGCUGUUCUUCCCCGACGGGCAGAGUCUGGACAAUGACCACAUCUCCCUCCAGGUCUGGCUCAUGGGGGGGCUCAUCGGAGGAGGACUCUUUAUGCUGUGUCCGAGCUGCUCGGCUAUCAGAGCCGGGGGCAAGGGUUGCUGUGGAACAGGUUGCUGUGGCAACCGCUGCCGGAUGCUGAGCUCGGUCUUCUCGUCUGCCUUCGGCCUGAUUGGAGCGAUUUACUGCACCAGUGUGGCCUCAGCCGGUCUGGCUAUUGGACCCAAGUGCCAGCUGGUCAAUGGUAACUGGGAGUACCCCUUUGAAAACCUCGGCACGGGCAAUGGCAGCUACCUUGUAAACCAAACGCUGUGGACGACCUGUGUGUUCCCCAAUAACGCUGUGCUGUGGCACGUGGUUCUGUUCUCCAUACUGCUGGCCAUGGGCGUGCUGCAGCUGGUGCUCUGCAGCAUCCAGGUGAUCAACGGCUGUGUGGGAUGCAUCUGCGGAGACUGUCGGGACAGCAAAGAUGAUGACAGCGGACUGUGAAAGUGAGGACGAUGAUCCUGCUCUAACCUGCUUCACAAGGGCCAGGGACGCAUCUCUUCAUCUGUCCAGCAAAAUAUCUGUGAAGAAGAUCUUUUGAUACCCAUUGAUACCUUUACUUCUGUCUUUCAUCUUUCUUUUAUGUUCUGUUAUUUGGGGAGAUUCAAUUUUAUGCAUAUUGUUUGAGAUGCAUUGGCUGUAAAUAAUUCUGAAUUAAUAAGAGUUUCCCUGCUGAAGGCCUGUAUAGAACAUAUUUGCACUAAAUCUCACAAAAUAAUAAAAGCUACGCUUUAAUCAAA